AGGGUCUUAGCGGCCGAGGACCCCAGGGCUGCUCUGCGCACGGCCACCUCCACCUCCACUCUGUUCCCCUCCUGCCGCCAGAAGGGCAGGGCUUCGCUGAGCCUUGGCGGGAAAAAGAACCGAGGGGUGGGAUCCCAGUGCAGUAUAAAAGAAGCUUUUCGGGGCGUUCUUUCUGACUCGCUGUAGUAAUUCCAGCGAGAGACAGAGGGAGUGAGCGGGCGGGUUGGAAGAGCACAGUGUGCAGAGCCGCGCUCCGGGCGUCCUGGGAAGGCAGCUUAGGAGUGAGAGGGGCUUUACCUUCGGGCCUGCCGCCCCCUGCCCCAGAUCUCCGGCUGACCUUGCACCAGCGGUCUCAACCCUCGCCCCCUCUGGGAAACUUUGCCCAUUGCAGCGGGCGGACACUUUUGCACUGGAACUUACAAUCUCCGAGUGAGGACAGGACUCCCCAAGCGCCGGGGAGAAAAUUUUUGUCUAUUUGGGGACAGUUUUCUCUGCCUCUGCCCUCGAUCCGCUUCCCUGAAAGGAGCUCCUAGCGCUCUUUGAAGGCUGGACAUCCUUUGGGCGGUGGAAAAUCCGCAGACAACCACAACGAUGCCCCUCAACGUGAGCUUCGCCAACAGGAACUAUGACCUCGACUACGACUCGGUGCAGCCCUAUUUCAUCUGCGACGAGGAAGAGAAUUUCUAUCACCAGCAACAGCAGAGCGAGCUGCAGCCGCCCGCGCCCAGUGAGGAUAUCUGGAAGAAAUUCGAGCUGCUGCCCACCCCGCCCCUGUCGCCCAGCCGCCGCUCGGGGCUCUGCUCUCCCUCCUAUGUUGCGGUCGCUGCGUCCUUCUCCCCAAGGGAGGACGAUGACGGUGGCGGCGGCAACUUCUCCACCGCCGAUCAGCUGGAGAUGGUGACCGAGCUACUUGGAGGAGACAUGGUGAACCAGAGCUUCAUCUGCGAUCCUGACGACGAGACCUUCAUCAAGAACAUCAUCAUCCAAGACUGUAUGUGGAGCGGCUUUUCGGCCGCCGCCAAGCUGGUCUCAGAGAAGCUGGCUUCCUACCAGGCUGCGCGCAAAGACAGCGCCAGCCCGAGCCCCGCCCGCGGGCACAGCGGCUGCUCCACCUCUAGCCUGUACCUGCAGGAUCUCACCGCCGCCGCGUCCGAGUGCAUUGACCCCUCGGUGGUCUUCCCGUACCCGCUCAACGACAGCAGCUCGCCUAAGUCCUGUACCUCGUCCGAUUCCACAGCCUUCUCUCCUUCCUCUGACUCGCUGCUGUCCUCCGAGCCCUCCCCACGGGCCAGCCCCGAGCCCCUAGUGCUGCAUGAGGAGACACCGCCCACCACCAGCAGCGACUCUGAGGAAGAACAAGAAGAUGAGGAAAUUGAUGUGGUGUCUGUGGAAAAGAGGCAACCCUCUGCCAAAAGGUCGGAAUCAGGGUCCUCCCCCUCGGGGGGCCACGGCAAACCUCCACACAGCCCACUGGUCCUCAAGAGGUGCCACGUCUCCACUCAUCAGCACAAUUAUGCAGCGCCCCCCUCCACGAGGAAGGACUAUCCAGCCGCCAAGAGGGCCAAAUUGGACAGUGGCAGGGUCCUGAAACAGAUCAGCAACAACCGCAAAUGUGUGAGCCCCAGGUCCUCAGACACAGAGGAGAACGACAAGAGGAGGACGCACAACGUCUUGGAACGUCAGAGGAGAAACGAGCUGAAGCGCAGCUUUUUUGCCCUGCGUGACCAGAUCCCAGAGUUGGAAAACAACGAAAAGGCCCCCAAGGUAGUUAUCCUCAAAAAAGCCACCGCCUACAUCCUGUCCAUCCAAGCAGAAGAACACAAGCUCAUCUCAGAAAAGGACUUACUGAGGAAGCGGAGAGAACAGUUGAAACACAAACUCGAACAGCUUCGGAACUCUGGUGCAUGAAUUGACUUCUCAGCGAAAAGGAGCCUGAAUCGCCCGUGACUUCUCACUCCUUACUCAGGGAGAGUAGGGAGAAUGGUUCCUUCUUAGAACUGAUAUCGGCGCUGGACUUCAAAUGCAUGCUCAAAGCCUAACCUCACAACCUUGGCUGGGGCUUUGGGACUGUAAGCUUCAGCCAUAAAUGUUAACUGCCUCAAACUUUAGGCAUAAAAAGAACUUUUUUUUUAUGCUUCCCAUCUUUUUUUUUCUUUUCCUUUAACAGAUUUGUAUUUAAAUUGUUUUUAAAAAAAAAUCUUAAAAGUUUACCCACUUUACCCAUGUAAAUAGGACCCUUAAAUGUAAAUAACUUUAAUAAAACGUUUAUAACAGUUAUACAAGAUUUUAAGACAUGU